ACCUGCCCCCCGUCCUCCCGGGGCACGCAGCGACCCCUUCCACGCCCGCACCUGCCGGGUCCACGCGAGCCCCGGGAAGAGCGCUUGUGUCCCCUGUCGGGAAGCCGGGAUCCCGCGCCGCGCCAUGGAAGCCGCUAACCUCUCGGUGGCCGCCACCGGCGUCGCCCUUCCCCUGGGCUCCGAAGCCUGCAGCAUGGGCCCGAGCCCCAGCGGGGUAGUCGGAUGGACGACCGCGGGCGAUUCCGCCCUGCCGGGCCGCGAGCCGCCUUUCUCCGUCUUCACGGUGCUGGUGGUGACGCUGCUGGUGCUGCUGAUCGCGGCCACUUUCCUGUGGAACCUGCUGGUUCUGGUCACCAUUCUGCGCGUCCGCGCCUUCCAUCGUGUGCCGCACAAUUUGGUGGCCUCGACGGCCGUGUCAGACGUGCUCGUGGCGGCGCUGGUGAUGCCCCUGAGCCUGGUGAGCGAGUUAUCGGCCGGGCGACGCUGGCGGUUGGGCCGGAGCCUGUGCCACGUGUGGAUCUCCUUCGACGUGUUGUGUUGCACCGCCAGCAUCUGGAACGUGGCGGCCAUCGCCCUGGACCGCUACUGGACCAUCACGCGCCACCUGCAGUACACGCUGCGCACCCGCCGCCGCGCCUCGGCACUCAUGAUCGCGCUCACCUGGGCGCUCUCGGCGCUCAUCGCCCUAGCGCCGCUGCUCUUCGGCUGGGGUGAGGCGUACGAUGCUCCGCGCCAGCGCUGCCAGGUGAGCCAGGAGCCCUCCUACGCCGUCUUCUCCACCUGCGGCGCCUUCUACCUGCCGCUCGGCGUGGUGCUGUUCGUCUACUGGAAGAUCUACAAGGCGGCCAAGUUUCGUUUCGGCCGCCGCCGCCGGGCCGUGCUGCCGCUGCCCGCCCCCGUGCAGGUGAAGGAGGCCCCUCACCAGGCGGAGAUGGUGUUCACGGCGCGGCGCCCGGUGGUGGCCUUUCAGAUGAGCGGGGACUCGUGGCGGGAGCAGAAGGAGAAGCGGGCCGCCGUGAUGGUGGGCAUUCUCAUCGGCGUGUUUGUACUGUGCUGGAUCCCCUUCUUCCUGGCGGAGCUCAUCAGCCCCCUCUGUGCCUGCAGCCUGCCCCCGAUCUGGAAAAGCAUAUUCUUGUGGCUUGGCUACUCCAAUUCUUUCUUUAACCCCCUGAUUUACACAGCGUUUAACAAGAACUACAACAACGCCUUCAGGAGCCUCUUCAGCAAGCAGAGAUAAACCCAGGGCUCGGGAAGACACGUAGGUAGGGCUGUGGGCAGGGAACUGUAUCUCUCCCCGCUCCAGGCAUCUGGGAGCCUUGCCCCACAGCAGAGUAGUGAUGACGUGGGGCCUGGACGGUAGGAGCAGCGAUGCCCACGGCUCUCUGGAAAGACUGCGCAUGUGUGGCAAGCGUGCCCGUGGGCCCUCUUCCGUGGUGUGUGGCAGACAUUGCUAAUCGAUCGCGGCACCUUUCUCCACGGAGCUGGACGUCUGCCUCGGGAUCCUUUGCAGACAGCUCUCUAGUUACUGCUAACUGGUUGGAAUGGACACAAGAGUCGAAGCUGACUUGCCUUUCCUUUAAUACGCUAUUUCUCCGAGGGGAUCCGUCUGCACGGAGCCCCAGUGGCCCGCUUUGGGGCCCACUAAAACGUGUCUAGUGCAACCCCUAUCUACUGAAUCAGGCUUUCAGAGAAGUCUGAUCAUUUAUAUCAUUGAGCUCUUUUUUCGUCGGUGAGAGUGCUGGAUGCUUAGAUCGUCUUUAGACCAAUUAAAUUGACCUUCCCGAAGGGGCGGGGGUGGUGAGACCCAGGCAGGAGUGUGUUUUAAAGCUCCCCAGGGGAUUCUACUGUGCAGCCGGCCAGUGUUGAGGACCCCGGUGGGGUCCUUUCUCUGCUUUCCAACAAGGGAGAGCAGCUAUGAGAAAUGUUCCCAGCACUCCAACAUAUGGACUUGUAUGUGUAAUAAAAAUACUUUUGAAGCAUUGA